AUGGCCUUCAGUGUGUUUUCAAGCCCGAGAGCUGGACAGUCCCCGGAUCUUGUAGGUGUCAAUUAUGUGUCAGCCGAGGCCGAGGCCUGUGUCCGAACAGCUGGAAAAACAAAAGCUGAUGUCAGUAGUUCGGCCGUCCCCGUGUCCCAGAGGUCCCGGGCGUCGGAUGACACGGACCGCGCGCUGGAUUUGUCUUUCAAGCCUCUGUCGAGUCGAGACGCCUUCCACCCCUCCUACAUCUCGGGACAGCUGGCCCUCGACAACCAGCAGCAGGGCACCGAGCCACUUGUUAAAGACGAACAUGACUUGCUGUCAGAGCAGGAGAACGGUGAUCCGGUGAGCCCAGAGAGCCAGCGCUUUGGGAAUAUCGCCAGGAGUUCGGUGGUGACAGGGUUCGCUGCCCUCUUCCCUGAAAACAAGGCCACGGCUGCGCUGCUCCCUCCGGACGAUGACCUGAUGGAGGAGGAGAGUGGGCUGCGUGUGCGUUCGGAGCAUCAUCUCAGGGACAGCGAGGGCGAGGAUGAAGACGACCUGGCGUCCUCAGACAUCUCCACAUCUAGCGGGGUUCUCCUCGCGCCGGGUAGACAGCAGGUCUGCGUGUGUCCGCUCUGCAGCAAGGUCUUCCCGAGCGCACAUGUGCUCCAGCUCCACCUCAGCUCACACUUCAAGGAGAAAGACGGCAUUCGCUCGAAGCUCUCGCCUGACGGCUCCGUCCCGACCUGCUCGCAGUGCGGCAAGACCUUCUCCUGCAUGUACACGCUCAAGCGGCACGAGCGCACGCACUCCGGCGAGAAGCCGUACACCUGCGGACAGUGCGGGAAGAGCUUCCAGUACUCACACAAUCUGAGCCGGCACGCCGUGGUGCACACACGAGAGAAACCACACGCGUGUAAGUGGUGCGAGCGGCGCUUCACACAGUCCGGCGAUCUGUACCGACACAUACGCAAGUUCCACUGCGGCCUCGUCAAGACACUCGCUAUAGGAUGAAGGCAGGGCAAACGCGGUGCAAUCACGGCCUUUUGUAUAAAAACAACAGCAGUUUUUAUGAAGAAUAAUAAUAAUAAUAAUAUCCAGUAUUUUGCAGGUGGCAGAAAAUUGGUUCAUUAAUGACUGUAAAACACUAUUGUGUCUCCAGCAAUCAACAGUUUGAUGCACUUGGGUUUUUGACAUCAUAUAUAUAUGACCCUGGAGCACAAAAGCAGUCUU